AUGGAAGCAAUCUCACACGCCGGCACCGUCCUCGGCGUGCUCGCCAAAGACGGCGUCGUCCUCGCCGCUGAGAAAAAAGUUACGGGCAAACUCCUCGAUUUGUCUAGUGCGAAGGAGGGCGGGUAUGGGGGUAGUGGAGAGAAGAUUUAUUUGUUGAAUAGCAACGUAAUAGGCGGCGUCGCAGGGCUCACCGCCGACGCCAACUCGCUCGUCAACUACGCGCGCUCAGCAGCCCAACAGCACCUUUUGCAGUAUAAUGAGGAUAUCCCCGUCGAGCUCCUCGCGCAGAGGUUGUGUGAUAUGAAGCAGGGGUAUACGCAAUUUGGCGGUCUCCGACCCUUCGGCGUCUCCCUCCUCUACGCAGGCUACGACCCCCACUACAACUUCCAACUGUACCACUCCGAUCCCUCAGGCAACUACUCUGGGUGGAAAGCCACCUGUAUAGGCGCGAAUAACGGUACGGCGCAGAGUUUGCUGAAGCAGGAGUAUAAAGAUGGGAUUGAGGUCAAGGAGGCGGUGGGCUUGGUGUUGAGGACUAUGGGGAAGACUAUGGAUAGUACGAGUUUGAGUAGUGAGAAAUUGGAAUUCGCAGUGCUCACACUAGAUCCGACGACGAAGCAGCCGCGCGCAAAGAUAUAUAGGCCCGCUGAGAUCGAUGCGUUGUUGGAGCGGGAGGGGCUGGCGAAGAAGGAGGAUGAGGGGGUGCCGGGUGCUUGA